AUGAUGCGAAGCAAAAACGUGUUCAAUGAGACGACAGUAAGUGAUUCAGAUGAAGUUAAGCGCGCCCUUGAAGUCACGAAUGGCGCACGAAAUCAUUUUGUGGAUGAUCCCAACGUGAAUGGUGUCGCGUACUUUGUCGUGGAUCAAAAAAUUAUGAGGGCGGAGGCCAUUUUUACAGGGGAAAAUUGGACCUGGGCGUUUAUCUCGGACAGUUGCAGAUUUUCAAUCCCUGUCCUCUUAGCGUACGUAUUCGUUCCCUCGUGCAGGUGGCUUGGAAUAGACCUACAGUUCUGGGUUCAAGGUCGUUUGUGUUGGUGGCAGUUGCGGCAUCCCAUACUUCUUCAUUUCGCACCGGGACCACAACAGCGCCAUCAAGCGCAUCAACAUCACGAAGCCCCCACCAAAGGGCAAGGAGCAGUGGACCAAAAAUCUUUAGCGCCAACCGUACAGACACGUGUCUGGCUGUGUGGGACAAAAUAA